GAUGAGAAGGAGAACUGCGGGGCUGAGCUGGAGGAGGAGGAGGCUGGGGGAGAAAAACUGACACGUGGAUUACUCCUCCUCGGGCAUCACGAACACCACUCUUCCUCCUCCAGCAGCCCAGCUCCUCCGCCGCUCGCUCGCUCGCUCGCCUUCCUCCGCUUCAGGUCAUGGAUCCACACGGUGCAAAGCAGGGAUAAGACCGCGCGGAGACUCCUGCGUCCUGGUCCCAGCGUCUGCGUCGGCUCACCGCGCGUAAAGAGACUCAAAGUAAAAUCUCGACUGACAGAGAAGGAGGAGGAGGGGGGGCCGCCGUUUACCUCGCGUUGAAUGGCAGUUAUUCAAAAAUAUGGCAAGAACUAUAGUCCAGAUUUGGUCUGUCACAAGGAAAACAGUCCGCCAGAGAAGAGCGGAGUCCCGGCGGGUCACAAGAAGUGGCCUGAGCACAACACCCACUGGCCCAGGCCGGUGGCGAGGGUAUGGACCGUGGUGCUGCUGUUCGGGACGUGCCUGCUCUACUGCGCCCGCGUGGCGAUGCCCAUCUGCUCCGUCAGCAUGGCGGAGAAGUUCAACUGGACCAAGAGGGAGUCGGGCAUGGUGCUGGGCAGCUUCUUCUGGGGCUACUGCUUCACCCAGGUGCUCGGAGGCUACGUCAGUGACAGAGUGGGAGGUGAGAAGGUCCUCCUGCUGUCUGCAGCGGCCUGGGGCUCGAUGACCGCCUUCACACCCAUCCUGGCUCAGUUCUGCUCCCAGCCCAUCUUCUCCAUGACGCUGGCUCGCUUUCUCAUGGGCCUGUUGCAAGGAGUUCAUUACCCCUCCCUUGCGAGUCUGUGCUCUCAGAAGGUGGUGGAAAGCGAAAGAGGCUUCCUCAUGAGCACCGUGGGUAGCGGCUCCUAUCUGGGCACUCUCUUGAUCGGAGGGGCCGGCUCCCUCAUGUUGGACCUGUACGGCUGGGAGAGUGUCUUCUAUGUUACCGGCCUCCUCUCAGUGGUGUGGUCCUACUGCAUGUGGAAGUAUCUACUCAAAGGAGAAGGGCCUAUCAUCACCCUCGAAUCCCUGGGAAGCGGUGGGCCCCAGUCCAAACUGACAAAGAGACACUGGUUGCGGCUCCUCAAACAACCUGCAGUCUGUGCCGUGAUCGUUACACACCUUUGCACCGCCAGCACCUUCUUCACUCUUUUGUCCUGGCUGCCAACUUUCUUCAGAGACACCUUCCCGGAUGCCAAGGGUUGGGUGUUCAAUGUGAUUCCCUGGUUAGUGGCCAUCCCCUCCUCCCUCCUCAGCGGCUGCCUGUCUGACCACCUCAUCAGUACAGGCUUCGAUACGGCCUCAGUGAGGAAGUUGAUGCAGUUCUUCUCCAUGGGUGUGUCCAGUGUGUUCACCCUCCUUCUAUGUGGCAACAACACCUUCCCUUGGGCUGUAGCAUUUGUGUCUGCCACCAUGGGCCUCACCACCUUCAGUCACAGUGGGGUUUCUGUUAAUGUUCAAGAUCUCGCUCCAUCCUGUGCUGGAGCACUAUUUGGUGUUAUGAAUACAUGUGGUGCUUUCUCAGGGGUCCUACUGGUGUAUUUCUCGGGGUAUCUCAUCGAGGCCACAGGCUCGUGGGCGUCUGUGUUCGCCCUCAUCACCACAGUCAACGUGCUGGGCCUCUGCACCUUCCUGGCGUUCGCCGAGGCCCGCCGGAUGGACAUUGACUGUAGUAAGGUGCGCCACCACAACAUCCACAUCUAGAUCGUUAGUCAUCAGAGCGACCGGAGCGCCAUUCCUCAAGGGAGAGUGUGACCUUGGGGCGACCGGGAGCUAGGACACGAUUCACUUUGGAGAACUCAGCCAAUGGACGGCAAGUGGCGCAUCGGAGGGAGCCUGCAUACGACACCUGGAAAAACGGACAGGUCUGGUUAAAGGAGCACCGCAACAGUUACUGAACAGCACACAGCAGAGUCGGCACAACGACAAAUCACAGGGAGCAAAGAGCAAAACACGGCGGUGUCAGUAGCUGCUCCGACAGUUCAGGGAGGAUGUGGAGUGGGAGAGAAAGAAAUCAUCGGGUUCUUACACGGUUGCUGGUCUAACUGUUUACACCUGUUCCAGAAUGUGUGACUCUCGACUGUUGUUGGAAAGCGGCGGCUCGCUCUCGGUGUGUCCCUGUGUGUCGGAGGAGCCCUGAGACUGAUGGAUGUGUGAGACAGCUGCCACAGAGCAGGGUGGUGUGUGUUCUUGCCCUGCAGGGAGACGCUGUGCCACACGCAGGGAGAGUCCAGCCUCCCGUAUCCGAAGUCUCUUAUUAGUCGAGCCCCACUCUACCCAUCUCCACCAGAACCGUCUGAUUGACAGCUCAUUACCCGGCCACUAAUCACACUGCAGGCGCUCCUAAUGUCCCCGUACCAUUUGUCUACCGCAUCUCCAUGGUUACGAGCUCAUCCUUACCGUUACGGCGCAGUGGGGGGGG